AAGUCUGAGCCAAAGUGGCAGUUAACCUCUCGCAUUUUGAAAGUCUCCGACUCAUUAGCAAAGGAAAUGCACGGGUGAUAAAAUUUUUCGAAUGCCUAUUAAUCGAAGCUAAAGCAUUUUUUCGGGUAGGAAAAAAGCGAGCAAUGUAGGCAGGUGUACGAGGUCAGGAAGUUGUUCAAUAACACACCCUCGACACGCCAGUCAUUCAGAUGAGCCAAUCAGAAGAGGGUGCGUCAUAGUCACAUUGAAAUACUGAGGACAAAAUUGCCAGUGUCAGUUAAACAUGUUGUUGAAGAAACGAACACUUUAGCGGAAGAAACGUCGUCGCUUAUAAUUUUCCUUAAAGCUGAACCUUUAGCCCCAGGGCAUACUUCGAACAACCACACGAUUGGCGAACUUUGCAUGCAAUGGAAAUUGCAAACUGUACCUUUUUCUGUCAUUUCAUUUUACUACUUGGCGUGAUACAGUUCAAGCCGUCACUCUCGUGCGGCUCCAGGAACGGUUAUGGAGGAAAAGGCCCGAGAAAACCUCUUAUGCUAACGCAGAGCAUUCCUGACACUAGUGAAUUCAGUCAACAAGCCAGUGGACCAGCUAAGGGGAAGAUAUCUAGAAAUUCGCCGGAGUUCGAAAAACUUGAGCCGUGUUAUAAUAACGGCAUAAUCUUUCGCGACGAAGAGGGAACUGGCGCAGAUCGCUUGAUGUCGAAGCGAUGCAAAGAGAAAUUGACAACGUUGGCGGGUUUAGUGAAAGGAGAGUGGCCCUCCGUAAAGCUCGUGGUGACCGAGGCUUGGGACGAACAAGACCAGCACUCGCCAAAUUCGCUGCAUUAUGAAGGGCGAGCUGUCGACCUACGUUUGUCCGACCGGGACAAAACGAAAAUCGGUCUUUUGGGACGACUUGCUGUCGAGGCUGGCUUUGACUGGGUUUUGUACGAAAGCAGAUCACAUAUUCACGCUUCUGUUCGCGAAGAUGGUUUUUCCGACAAACCGUGGGAUGGCUGUUUCAGCUCCGAUUCGACAGUCAAACUAGAAAACGGUGUUGAUCUACAGGUCAGAAAUCUCAAAGUCGGUGAUUUUGUGCAAGUUAUGACGCAGCAAGGGAAGACUGGCUUCAGCGAAGUGGUGAUGUUUGCAGAUUACAAGCCCAACAUACCACAAGCUUUGCACGUUUUGAUCGAGACUGAAAAGCCCGCGAAACAUAUCACUCUCACGCCUUCACAUCUAAUCUUCACAAGUAAUUCCUCAGGGACACAGCUUCACUCAAAACAUGCGGGCAGCGUGCUGCCGGGAGAUUUCCUUUUGGUUUCAGCAGACGACGGACUUGUUCCAUCGCAGGUAAAGAGGGUUUCUCUUGUUAAACGAACUGGCAUGGUUGCCCCGGUUACCAUGGAAGGAAAUGUAAUUGUGGAUGGUGUUGUGUCUUCUUGUUACGCCAUGAUAAGCGAUCAUGAAAUCGCUCACAUGGUCUUCGGUCCUUUGAGACUUGUACAUAGUUAUGCUCCGAGCUUGUGGAACACUGGUGGUUUUCAUGUUCAACAAGGGAUGCAUUGGUAUCCCGAGUUACUUAUGACAAUCAACAAAGCUUUUGGCCUCGUUAAGCUCUCGUGAAUUUAAUGUGUUGAUGAUAUAAUUAAUGGCACGACAAAUUAUAUUCUUUCUACUGAAAGAUGUUCUUCUUUGACGAGUUUUUUUUAAAUAGCUGCUCUACUGAAAACAUCAAGAAACUGCUCAAUACCUUUGUCAUUUCAUUUCCAUAUGUUUAAAAAGCCGUACGAAAAAAAAGAGCAUUAUUAUUUCAUGAAUUAUUGUGUUGAGAUGUAGAAUUAUCGACAAGGUAUUCUGCAGUUGUUAAAAGUCUAAAAGAAAUCUCCACUUUGAUAAAGUCGACUUGGCGGUGUGGAAGAUAAUUUAGAGUCGCUGUUUCAUUUUGUUGUCUUCACCUCGUGACUUUUGUUCAAGAAAUUUGCAUUAUAUUUUUGUGUCAUAAUCCAAGCACUGAAACAGCAGUUUUGCUAUCACAGAUUUAUUUCUUGCGACAUUUAAGCGAGGUUUCGUUCAUGAUAGCAGCAUUUCUCUGUUUCCAAAGAUUUUUUUAUGCCUAAAGAUAUUGAGUGUCAAUGAAAUAGCUUAGUGUGUUAAGGAAACUAGGGCACCUCGAACAUAAAUUAAGAUAAAUUAACAACUAUUUAUGCCUCUAUUGUACAGUAUUACGUAGUUUUGUAUGGUAUUGUAUAAACGGCUGGUCACCGAUGUACAGUCAAGAAACUUUUGGUUUAGAGUAUGAACUGAAAAACGAAAUAUUAUGAAACAAAUAUUUGUACAAAGUAAUGCCUAUAGUAGCAGGAAUUAUGAUUUGUUUUACAAUGAAACUAACUCUGAAAUAUGGAGUGAAGACUCCAUGUUCUUUAACUUAAUACACAUUUUGUAGAGUUGUGGCAAUGACAGUUGGAGACUGAGAAAGUCAACUAUAAAAUCUGAUAAAAAAAGUAGAAAAACAGCCGAAAACAAAGAAAGGUUAGAAAUAUGUGAACGGAAAAAGAUUUAACACUAUAGACGAGGUGCAGUGUUGUUGUGUCUAGAGAGUUCUGGUAAUUCUCGAAGUAUUUAGAUGUAUUAUUUUAAAGCCCUUUUCCAGGACAGUGGUGUAUUCAGUAAAAAACUGUCCCCUAUAAUACAGGGCCUACUUUACAAGAGAUUCGGUUGAGUCAAAGAUUUUCUAGUUUGCACAGAAGGCUCAAAUUUAAUAUAUUGUGCAACAGUCUUGUGUACAGAGGGAAGCCUUUCUCAUUUUGUAGGUCAAAUUCUUUUGAUGCUCGGUUCACGAAAGUUUGUUUUCUCGCUCGCAGAGAAUUGCCUUUAUAAGGUUUGCUUCGUGAUACAAGGUAUCUAGUGACUUUCAAACCAGGUAGUUAUUCCUGGAUUGUGAAAACAGGGUGUUACUCGAGAAAAAAAAAAAGUGCAAAAAUUACACUCAUGAUUUAGUAGCAAUAUUAAAGCAAGUUGCAACGUAAACAGUCA